UUCUGAGUGACCCGUCGUUGGUGGCUGGAAAUUUUAGUGAACCUGUCUGUCGUGAUUGGGCAUGGGGUGCUCUUGUUCUUUCAGAGCAAGUUGGACCCAUCCUUCCGGGGCCACCAACUUGGCUUUCGCUCGAAUCUGAUGGACCUUUGACUGAAGGGGAACGUGUUAGUUUCGAGGUUUCUUAUACUGGCGGGGAGAUGGGUGAAUGCUCAGGUGAAUGGUUUCCAGUAAAGAGUGGUGGUGUCAAAGAUAAAAUCAGUUGUAGUUACUUUUUGAAUUUGACUAUUGAUGAUGUUGAAAAGUGCAUAGAACUUAUUUACACUCCUAUAAGGAAAGAUGGGAUGAAAGGAAGCCCCAGAGUAUCUUGUCUGGACCAGUAGAGCCUGGGAAACCAAAAGAAGUUGAAUUAACAUUUCUCGAAUGCUAUGAAGGCAAGAAGGUCUUUCCUGAAAAGAGACUUUUUGGAGGUAAAGAAGGGACUGGAGAGCAUACAUGGUUUAGAACAAAGGAUAAGAUUCAUGGAGCCGCACUGCUAGAUACACCGUACAAUGGAAAAUUUGACUUUAUUCGGCCUUCCAACGUGCGUCGAUGGAAAAUUUGGAAAUGCAUUGGUUUCCAUUCGUGAAAUUCUUGUUUCUACUAUUCCUCCAGUCAUUUCCAAUGUUCAUACUGCGUAUGUUACAUUAUAUACGUAUGAAUUAGUAAAAAUUCAUCAUAAAAUUGUUGGGUAAUACAAAGGACAAAACUUGGUCAACAUGAUCUUUG